UGCCUAAACAUCCCCGUUCAAUCCCUCAAGUCACCCUACAUAUACCCUACAAUCCCAUCAACUCAUGUACCCCCAUCUUCAAGAGCUUUGCUAUAGGGUAAAAUAGUCUUCUCCUUCGAUCCAUCCAUUAGCUUAAAGUUCUCUUCUUAGACGACAAGAAUGUCCGGCGUUUGGGUUUUCAAGAACGGUGUGGUUCGCUUGAUAGAGAACCCGGGGGCUGAGUCAUUGGAAGGAGGCCGACAAGGUUCUAACACCCGCCGAAAAGUGCUUGUACACACUCCUUCCGACGAAGUGAUCACUUCCUACGCUGUACUUGAACGUAAGCUAUGGUCUCUGGGGUGGGAAAGAUAUUAUGACAACCUUGAUCUUCUCCAGUUUCACAAACGAUCCACCGUCCAUUUGAUUUCUCUCCCUAAGGAUUUCAACAAGUUCAAGCCGAUUCACAUGUACGAUAUUAUCGUAAAAAACCGUAACGUGUUCGAAGUUAGGGAUAUGUAGUACAUAUGGUUUUAACAGCACAAAUUUGCAUG